UGUACUACGAAGUGUCUCGUCUGUUAUAGUAUAUUAUGGGACAGAAAAAGUAGCACAAAGUCAGUAUCAGGAGCUCCUGCUUGGUGUUGGCGGCGGUUGCUAGGCAGAGGACGAGGCGUUGCGGCCCAAUACCUGCCCGGAAGUGAAGUGGAUCUGGAGCAGUGAGUGAGGUUGGCCGCGCCACCCUCAACUGCGACGGCAACCUUGUCUUCCUCCUCUACCGCGAAGGUCCAGGCCCACCACCCACCGGAGGCCGGAGGUGAUCGAUGGCGCCGCACGAGACGGAGACGGGGACGGAGUCUGCGGCGGCAAGGCAGGCGAAGGAGUCGCUGGAGCUGGCGUUCCAGAUGUCCCAGAUCCUGGACACCGGCCUCGACCGCCACACGCUCUCGCUGCUCAUGGCGCUCUGCGACCGCGGCGCCAACCCCGAGGCCCUCGCCGCCCUCGUCCGCGAGCUCUCCUCGGCGGCUCCUCCGACCGCCGCAACUACUCCCGCGUCCACCGCCACCGCCGUGCCGUCAACAAAAGCCGCCUCGCUUUUCCCCUCCGGUCUUCGCCAACCCUAGGGUAGUGAAAACCGGUGGAACCAAUUUGCUUGAUCGGUAGAGCAGACUCGAGAUUUGAUUGCUGGAAGAAAGGUAUUGUCAAACUUAAGGAAGAUGCUAAAUCUUGCUGUAGAAUGCAUUUCUGAUGCUGUGGUGGCCUGUUUCCCCAAGGAAGGUGUGGUUCAUGGAACGCUGCGUGAUUUGCUUGAGUUGUGGAAGAUAAGAGUUUAGUAAUCGUGGGAACGUUGCCUUUCCUAUUUCCAAUAGCCAAUUGUAUGUAUCCACCACACGUAUGGUCUUUUAUUAUGGCAAAAUUGGUUAUAUAACAUCAAAAGUUCAUGUUUUUGGUUUUAUAGCACCGAAAGUUACCGGUUCACUUUAAUAGCACCCAAAGUUCACCCUAUUCCCAUUUUUAGCACUUCCGUUAAUUUUUCCGUCCGUCUUGAUCGGUAUUGAUCCAGACAUAUACGAUAUGACAUUUCUACCCCUCAUUGACAUGCAUUAUACUUGUACUUGUGAGGGGUAGAAACGUCAUAUCGUGUGUGUGGCUGUAUCAAUAACGAUCAAGACGGACGGAAAACGAUCGAGAAUUGACGGAAAUGUUAAAAAUGGAAACAUGGUGAACUUUGUGUGCUAUUAAAGUGAACCGGUAACUUUCGGUGCUAUAAAACCAAAAACGUGAACUUUCGAUGCUAUAUAACCAAUUUUGCCUAUUAUUAAUUAUCCUCUCUUGACCUAGAAGUCCUUUGCUUUGUCAUGUGCUUAUCCAAGAAGGGAUCUGUCAUCGCCAUUGGUCGAACUCUCAUUUUCAGAUAAUAAUUGAAAGCAAUGAGUGAUAUCUCUAUUCCACCUGGUUCAA